UGAGUUGGCAGGACAACCUCACCGAACGUCUCCCCCCCCGCCUUCCUUUCCAUCGGAGGGUAUCUUCUCCGUACGCCUCUCGGCAUGUAUCGUUGGGGCAUUCGUGUUUUUUUUUCCUUUUCUUCCACACACACACUCACUCACUCACACACGGACCCGUGAGCGUCACACACACACACACAUCACCGAGCAUGACGAACUUGUCCCACACCGACCCGACUACCGUCGUCCAUACCAGUAGCCAUAGCUUUAUUGAAUCGACCAAGUAUCGUCCGCGCGAACGACUGCUACGUGAACACCCGUCGGCGUCCGCCAACGACAUGGCGCGUUCCGCCGGUUCCGUACGCACCGACCCACACCCCACGGAACACGCCCCCCUGGCCGUGGUUGGCUCACCCCACCGCACCGGGAGAUGGACGUUGGACGAAAAGAUACUUUUCCUGUACGGCUUGCGCAAAUUUGGCAAGGGCAAGUGGAAAAAGAUGAGCGCGUAUCUGCCGAAUCGGUCUCUGGUGCAAAUCAAGUCCCACGCCCAAAAAGUGCUCAAGCGCAUCGAUCAAGGCGAACACGUCUUCCGACGUAUCGAGGAGAACAACGCACGGCUCGAGCUUUUGGUGGCGAGUAUUCACGAUCGACUGGGCCACGAAGCUCCCGCACUAUUGUUGCCUAAAACUGCUGCGGCCAAUAAGAGGCCACGCCGCAGCGUCGUCUCACCCAAGGUCGACCCUCCCAUUCCUGCCGUGGAACUCGACGCGCAGCAGCACAUUAUUGCCGCCUCGGCUCUGUGUCAACUCGCGGCUCCCACUGGACCCGGUGCCUGGGAUACCCCCACCACGUGUCCUCCCGGUAGUACUGGAUCCAGUCCCGUACUGCAUCCGGACCACACCACACCCUCGCAAACAUGGAUUCCUCCGUCGGACUCGCAAACCGACUUGUCUGUCCAAGGCGUCUGA